AUGAUUUACAACGGUUUCAGUCCAUGUAUCUUUCAACAGCCCCCAGUGAUCCCAUCUUCCCUCCUGGAGAGGUGUGCGGUUAAACAGCAAUCGUCUCCCUCGAUGAGAUUGGUCACGAAAGAGGUCGAGGGCGGUCUUUUGUUAACUUUCCAAAAGCAAUUUGACCCAGAAAUAUACCGUGCUGCAGUUAUUAGGGAAUUGCAAAAACUGAGGGAUUCUGUGGAACCAACGUAUCGUGCAGUCACUGAUUUUUUCGGUAGACAAUACUACGUUGCGAACGAGAUCAGCGAACACGAACUGUUACAAAAGAUCGACUUCCCACUUCUGGAACGCCAAAUUGCCAAGCAAUUAUUUCAAGAUUAUUCUUUAGAGUUGUCUCAUGACGGUUCCAAUCUGGCCGUCAGUAGCAAGAGGGACAAAUUGGAGGAGACUUUACAAUUUGAGUUUCCUGCUGAGGACAUUCGUGUGGUAGGUUGUGGUGUACUUGAUGACACCACUGCCUUUUUAAGAGUAGCCGUUGACAGUAAGAACAACGAACUUGAAAACACUAUGAAAGCUGUUCAAAGGGAAAACGAAAGGAUAGCCAGAGAGGAGCAAGAGGAAGCUGCACAGAGAAUAAGGGAGAGAAAGCAAGCGAAACAACAACAGGAGCAACGUUUGAAGAAAGAAUCGGAAGCUAGAGAAAAGCGCGAACGGAUAAGGGUGGAGAAGGAGAAACAGUCGAGGUUGCGUAGGGCAAAACAAGACAGACAGUUGAAGGAAAAGCAUCUUGAGCAGCAGCAAAAGCUUGAGCAACACAAACUUGAGCAGCAAAGACAGCUGGAGCAGCAACAAAGGGAGGAAGAGUUGCAACUUCAAAAGGCACGCGAUGACGAAGAAAGACGAGAAAAGCUUCUAAUGGAGCAACGUGAGUACCAAAGGCAACUGGUCGAGGAGGAGCAGCAGCAGCAGCGCAAGAAGCUACAAGCUUCCGAAGCGCAGCCAGCCACUUCAUCAGCAGAAUCAGUCACAGAGCCCAUCCACCGCAUAGAUAUAAAUUUUGGCGGACACACGAGCUCCCGCCCAGCUUCGCCAAGCAACUCUGCCAUCUCUGAAACACCCAGAAGACGCAGAUCGAGUCCCGUGCUCGAAGACGUCGAUGACGACGAGAUAUCAAGAUACAACCGCUUGAAGGGCCGCCUCCCCACGGGCUCGGCAGUAGUAGAAGAUGUCUGA